UAAGGUUGUUAAGUUUAUCGAUUAGUGAGUCCUAGAGCAUCGACUCAUCUUCUUGUUAUCUAAUUUAAAUUGACAAAAAGAAAAAAGAAAAAAAAAUUCGGGGAAAUUAAUGAGUAUAGGCAGACAAGAAAUAGAAAACAAAGAUUAACUCUCAUGUACUAUUCUUCUACGAUAUAGUAUAGCAUAUCUUGAUAGUUUCUAGCUAUAUAUUGCGAAUGGAAAACCAGACGGUGAAGCAGAAGGAAGCAGUUGUUAACUUUGGGAAAUCACUGAUAGUCCCGAGCGUUCAACAACUUGCUAAGCAACCCAUUUCUAAGAUCCCACCUCGGUAUGUGCGCCAACUUGAUCAUCAUCAUGAAGAUCAUGCGUUGACUACUACCAUAUCAUCCGUGCCGGUCAUCGACCUUCAAAACCUCUUUGCAAACACUUCCAGUGACAUUUCUUCUGAUGAGCUGAAUAAGCUACACGCAGCUUCUAAAGAAUGGGGCUUCUUCCAGGUUAUCAACCAUGGAAUAAGUGAGUCCUUAUUAGAUGACUUCAAGACAGAAGUCCUGAACUUCUUCAAUCUCCCAAUGGAUGAAAAACAGAAGCUUUGGCAAGAAGAAGACAACCAUGAAGGCUUCGGUCAGCUGUUUGUUGUAUCGGAGAAUCAAAAGCUUGAUUGGUCUGACAUGUUUUACAUAACUACUCUUCCACAUGAUCUCAGGAAACUUCGACUAUUUCAAAAGUUGCCUCUCAACCUUAGGGAGACAUUGGAAGCUUACUCUGCAGAAUUGAAAAAACUGGCAGUGGCAAUCUUGGGUCAAAUGGCUAAAGCUCUAGGGAUGGACACACAGGAAGUGACUGAUCUGUUUCAAGAUGGCGUUCAAUCAAUGAGAAUGAAUUAUUAUCCCCUAUGUCCAGAACCGAAAUUGGCUUUGGGAUUCUCCCCGCAUUCUGAUGCAGAUGCUUUAACCAUUCUCUUUCAACUAAAUGAAACAGAGGGCCUGCAGAUUCGAAAAGAUGGAAAAUGGCUAACCAUUAAGCCUCUACCAAAUGCAUUUGUAGUCAACGUUGGAGACAUAAUGGAGAUUGUUAGUAAUGGCGUGUACAGGAGCAUCGAGCAUCGAGCAACAGUGAACUCAAACAAAGAGAGAUUAUCUGUGGCAACAUUUUACAGCUCCGGAAUGGGUACAGAAUUAGGCCCUGCACAAAGCCUUGUUACACAACAUAAGGUAGCGAACUUUCGGCGAGUACCCCUUGAGGAUUACUUUAAAGAAUUUUUUGCUCGGAAGCUUGAUGGCAAGUCGUAUUUGGAUUUUAUGAAACUCGGGAGUUAAAAAAGCAGUUCUUAUCGAAUUUUACCUUCGGUUCUUUUGUUUCAAAUACCUCAACUUUUAUUUAAAAGAAGUAGGCCUACUCGUGCAGUUUAGCGGAAAAGCAUAUCUUGUAGCUUUUUGAUUUUCAACUUGUUCUUUCUUUUUUUACAUUAUAUCAAAGAUCAUUGAGAAAAAAUAUGACGCUAUAAAAACUCA